ACCUCACUGUCCCACUCCUCCGUCCUCGUCGACUCCGAAGAGGAGAAGAGAGCACGAAUCGCCGGAGGUGGACGCCACCGGCGAGUCUCCUUUGGGCCACACGUAAGGCGGCGUAGACUGUAGAGGUUGUUUGGUUGUAAUAAGCAGCGCACGCCGCACGCGCCAUUCCCGUUUUGGUUGCCAAGUGAAGAGAGGACGGUGGUUGUAGUUGUGGUUGUGUUGAGUGGGGAAGGGGACGGUGCAGCUGUGGAAAGUAGCGGCCGUCGAUGACGUUUCUGUUCCCGGCGAAGAACCAGCAGGGUACGAUGGAGGGCAGGCCGUCUGCGCCGGCGAGGGUGUCGAUGUUCCGGAGGCUGAUGGUGCGGGUGACCCCGGCUGAGCGGCUGGCUGGUGACGGCAAGGAGAGGGACAAGGACGAGAGGCCGCCGGCGUCCGGCGCCGGAGCGGACGCGGAGGUCGGGUCGGUGGGGCUGGACAAGAUGGUGCUCAGCUUCAUGGAGGACUCCUCCGCGGCCGCGGAGCGGCCACCGCGUGGGCGAUGCAGCAGCUGCUUUAACGGCAACAACCAGGACGGCAGCGACGACGAGGACUUCGACUUCCUGCCGUCCGCCUCCGCCCCCGCCGCGGCGCCAGCCGCGGCCGGCGACGCCUUGGAGCUGCUGAAGGGCUUGGUGCAGUGCGCGAGCACGCCGGAGCGGAACCUGCUCGCGGACGCGUCCCGGAUCGCGGAGCGCUGCGGCUCCGGGUCCGGCUCCGGCCGGAAGAAGGCGGACGUCCGGCGCGCCGUGGCGGACGGGCUGCGCGCGCUCGGGUACGACGCGGCGGUGUGCACGUCGCGGUGGGACAGGACCCCCUCCCACCCGGCCGGCGAGCACCAGUACAUCGACGCGAACGUGGAGCCCGGGGCCGGGGCGGCGGCCCGCGUCCGCGUCCGCGUGGUGGUGGAGGUGGACUUCCGGUCGGAGUUCGAGGUGGCGCGGCCCACCAAGGCGUACCGCGCCGCGCUGCAGGCGCUGCCGCCGCUGUUCGUGGGCAGCCCGGAGCGGCUGGGCCGUGUCGUGGGCGUGGUGGCGGACGCGGCGCGGCAGAGCCUCCGCAAGCGCGGGCUCCACUUCCCGCCGUGGCGCAAGCGCGAGUACAUGCGCGCCAAGUGGCUGUCCCCGCACGCCCGCAGCAGCAGCAGCGCGGACAGGACGCCGGCGCCCGCCACGCCGGUUUCCGCCGCCGCCGCCGCCUUCUCCGGCGAGUUCGAGCUGUGGUUCGACGAGAAGGAGAAACCGAAGGCGGCGGACUACGACGGCGGCAUUCCUGGCGGAGAAGACGACGGGGCGGGCAAGAAGGUCACGGUCAUGGUGUCGCCGACGCCGACGCCGUGGCGUGCGGAAGAGCCCGGGGCGGCUAGCAAGCUGUGCCCGCAGGCCAAGCGGAAGGUGGUGACCGGGCUGGCGUCCCUGCUGCCGCUCGCAAGCUGAUCAACAUCAAACCAAGAGGAGAGACUCCGUCCGGCUCCAAAAAAGUUUUCCCUUUUCCCACCUCUACCUCCAGAAGAUUUCCAUUCCCCCCGCGUUCGUCGAUCCGUCCGAGGGCCGGCUCCAGGUGUUUUAGCGGUUUUCCGGCGCCUCGGAACAGAGAGUGAAAAAAAAGAGAGAGAGAGAAACGCCUCCCUUUUUCCGUCGAAUUUUUUUCCUUUGUUUUGUUCCUGCGAAAGAACAAAAUUUUCAGUUGUCCGCCGCCGGGGGAACGGGAGGAAUCCGGGCAGAUUUGGGUUCCCUGUCCUCUGUUCUUGGGAGGGAGAGAAAUUAUGAAGCAUCACUGCUGCUAUGAUCUAUAAAAGCGGGUUGAGUACUCUAUCGUAUUCAUCAUGUCA